AUGGAUACCUCUUUGUCUGCUGGACAGAAUCACAACCGAGGGGGAAGGAACACGUUCCUUUCAAGAGUGUUUGGUAUGCAGUCCAGCGAUGUGACACCCCUAAUGAACACAGAAGAAAUGGGCUCAUAUCCAACAGACAUUGAAGAAGGACAACCACCACAGAACAGGGAGGACGAAAUCAGGAUACCUGAAUCUGACCAAGACGAAUCAAGCUCUGAAGAGGAAGCUCUGGGGGUUACUGAAAACUAUGCAUCAGGACCGGCAGUUGCACCUAAGGACCGUGAAUUAGUCCCCUUAAUGGACGGAACAUCAAUUGAUUCUUUGCCGAAACUUGGCCAGUUAUCUAGUGAAAGUAUGAACUCCGACCAGAUUGAUGCUGAGAACGAAGCAAAUAUGAAAGAAGAUAUUCCGUUGUUUAAAAGGACAAAACCUAGCCCUGGGUAUCCGGUACCCCCUCAAGAUAAGGCGUAUAAAACAGUGAUUGGGAAUCCGUUAGAAAAUGCUGCACAAAGACACGAUUUGUUUACAGCCAGUACGAAUAAUCAAUAUCAAAAACACAACAACAUGCCAAAUUCGUUUUUGAACUUUAAGAACCCAGCUUAUGACAGACACAAGAAUUUGAGGAAGAGUUUCAUCGACGAUGGCAAAACUAAAAACACACUGAAAAAGCCAAACAUUCUUAAUAACAUUCACAUUUUAAACAGAACCCCACUAAACAAAAUUCAUACAUUGAGUCCGAAGGAGAAAGCACUGUGGAAAUGGGCCAAUGUCGAAAACGUGGAUCUUUUUCUACAGGACGUUUACAACUAUUUCCAAGGAAACGGGUUUACCUGUAUUAUUUUGCAAAAAAUGUUGAACUUGGCCACUCUAAUAUUUGUCGUUUAUAUUUCGACUUAUCUCGGGUACUGCAUUGAUUAUGGAAAAUUAUCAUCAAGUAAUAGGUUCAAAGAUAUAACAAGAGGACACUGCUAUUCUAAUAACAUUACUGGUUUUGUGAAAUUCAUGCUUUGGGUUUUUUACCUGUUCGUUUGUCUAAAGAUUGUUCAGCUUUAUUUUGACUUCAAAAACUUAACAGAAAUCCAUAACUUUUACAACUAUUUGCUUAACAUCUCGGACAACGACCUACAAACCAUUCCAUGGAAAACUGUAGUUGAACACAUGAUGCUUUUAAAGGAUCAAAACGCUCUCACCGCAAAUGUGGUUGAGGUUAAAGCCAAGAAUAGGAUCGAUCCUCAUGACGUUGCGAAUCGCAUAAUGAGAAAGAGUAAUUACUUGAUUGCACUGUACAAUAACGACAUACUGGAUCUUUCCUUACCUCUUCCACUAUUAAGGACAAAUUCUCUGACCAAAACAUUAGAGUGGAAUAUAAACUUAUGCAUCAUUGGUUACGCAUUCAACGAUGCUGGCUUUAUCAAACAGGCGUUCCUAAAAGAAUCACAAAGAGAGUAUAUAAUAGAGGAACUACAGAAGCGAUUCAUGUUAGCGGGGUUUUUGAACAUCAUUCUUUCUCCAUUUUUGGUAACAUACUUUGUUCUAUUGUACUUUUUCAGAUAUUUCAACGAGUACAAAACAUCACCUGGGUCUCUGGGAACAAGACAAUAUACCCCAAUGGCAGAGUGGAAGUUUAGAGAGUAUAAUGAGCUGUACCACCUUUUCAAAAAACGAAUUGGAUUGAGUGUUCCGCUGGCUGACAAAUAUAUAAACCAAUUUCCAAAAGAAAAGGUUAACAUUAUGAUGAGAUUCAUUGCUUUCAUUGCGGGAUCGUUUGUGGCCAUAUUAGGUUUAUUCACGAUUCUUGAUCCAGAAAGCUUUUUAAACUUCGAAAUAACCAAUGACAGAUCUGCGCUAUUUUACAUAACGAUUCUAGGAACUAUAUGGACAAUUGCCCAAAGUUCAGUAUCGCAAGAAUAUGCCGUUUUUGAUCCGGAAGAAACUAUACGAGAUGUGGCAAACUACACCCAUUACUUGCCACAAGAAUGGGCGGAGCGGUAUCACUCAGAGGAGGUGAAGCAAGACUUUUCAAAGCUUUACAAUCUGAAGAUUGUCAUUUUGUUGAGGGAACUUGGCAGUCUUAUCAUCACACCUUUUGUGCUUUGGUUUUCUUUACCUAAAUCGGCUAGCAAAGUAGUGGACUUUUUCAGAGAGACUUCAGUAUAUGUUGAUGGCUUGGGUUACGUGUGCAAAUAUGCACUGUUUGAUUCCCUUGAACAAGAAGUGCCGCCUGGAAAUCAAAAUGACAUCUCGUCUAUUUUGCGUAGCAUUCCUGCACUCAAGAUAUCUAAACGCUUAGACGAUGAGGGUCAACUAAGCGAUUUGUCCAAUAACGAAACAAAGGAUGCUGCAAUUAAUAAGAUGAUGCAAUCGUAUUUAUACUUCAUGGACGAUUAUGGUAAUGAAGAGAACAACCUGGGGAAAGGCCAAAUAUCAGCAAAGAAGGAAGAACCUCGCCAAAAAGAGGAAAAACCUCUAAAUGACAUUUAUUCUUGGAAAAAGCAGUUUGGUCCUGGGCGGAAACCCGAUUUGUUUAGAAUGGAAAGAAGAAAUCAAAAUGCAUCAGAUUUGCGAAGCCCAGUCCAAGACAAAGCAAAUAAUGAAAGUUUCGAGCCUUAUCGUUCCGAAGAAGUCGAUGAAUCUUUGUUGAACUCAAAGCCAUUGAAGCAGUUCGACCAAAGCUAUGAUAAUGAAUACAGGAGCGACCCAAUGGGGAGGAAUGGUGGUGUUCUAAAAUUGGUCAGAGAAUAUUACAAACAGUCUGACCUGGGGAGGUAA